CCCCUCGGCCGCGGCGCCCAAGAUGGCGGCGGGCGCGCCGCCGCAGCACGGCGACAUGGCGGCGGGCGUGGAGGUGGAGCGGGUGGUGGAGGCGCUGGAGCUGCUGCUGCGGCAGCCCGCGGGGGCCGGUGAGCGGGGCGACGGCGGCGACGACGACAGCUGGGCGCCGGAGACGCUGCGCGGCAACGUGGCGGCGCUGGAGGAGCGGCUGCGGCGGGAGCCGGGCUGGGCGGCGCUGCGCGGCCUGCGCGCCGCCGUGCUGGCCGGGGCGCCGGGGCUGGGCGCCGCCGAGCCCGCCGCCGAGCCGCGUUGGGCCGCCGCCGCCGCCGCGCUGGCGCUGCUGCUGUGCCUGCGGGAGCGGCUGGCGCAGCCGCCCGCCGCCGCCGCCGCCCGCCGCCCCGGGGCCGCGCCGCCGCCCGCCGCCGACACGCUGAGCGCGGCGCAGGCGCGGGCGGUGCGGCGGGCGCUGCGCGCCGCCGUGGCGCUGGGGCUGGGGCCCUGGCUGCCGCCGGGCGCGGGGACCCGCCGCCACGGCCCGCGCCUCCUGGCCGCCGCCGCCGCCCUGGCCCGCCUGGCGACGCACCCGGCGCUGGGCGCCCCGCUGCUCGCCCGCCACCUCGGCCCGCUGCUCGCCGCCCUCUGCCUGCUGGGCCACGGCCCCCCCGAGCACACCCAGGGCGUUUCGGAGGAGGAGCGAGCCCAGUGCAGGGAGGCCUUGCGGCACGUCCUGGAUCGCGUCUACCAGCCCCUGGCCGUGCAGGAGCUGCUCAUCCUCCAGGGCGGAUCCAAGCAGAGAUCGGCCUCUCCUGGGGAAGACACAAAGCCGGCCCUCGCGCAGGCUCCGGCGUGGCUGCGGCGCCUUUGUGGUCAGCUGCUCUCAGAAAGGCUGCUGAGACCCAACGGGGUCCAGGCGGUGGUUCGGGGCAUCAUGGAGGGGACAGGCGCAGGUGGCACCGGUGCUGAAGCAGCAGCCGUGGACUGGAGGAAAUGUGAUGCGGUUGCAAAGAUCCUGGCCGCCUGCCCUCAGCAGUGUCUUUCCCUCGAGGAUUACUACAAACUCGUGUGCCCCCAGAUCCUGGAUUUGCUGCACAUCCAGGAUAAAGUGACAGCGCGCCAGUUCCAGAGAGUCGCCACCACUACGCUUCUCACCAUGGCGAAAGGGCACCCUCAGCUGGCAGAGAAAUACCUGCUUCAGCCCAUGUUGGCACCGCUUCUCCGAUGCUCCGAUGCUGCAGAGAUAGCAGUGGAAGAUUUAUCAGCAGGGACUGUGCUGGUGGAAGAGGCAGAGCUCAGCAGCUGUGUGGAAGAUGUGUUCAAGGUGUAUGUGGUUGGAAACGACAGCUCUAGCCUGCUGCUGGGAUCCCUACAGUCAGUCCUGGGAGUGGUUUUCUCCCUCUAUUCCUUCACCAAGCAGAAUGUGUCCUACUUACGCUCGCCGUGCCGGGAGAUCUUACUGUGGUUCCUGGAGAAGGCAGAGCGAGCGGUGUCGCUGCCUGUGCUGGAGGGGCUUGCGGGGCUGGAGAGCAGCGUGCGCCUCCUCCACCCGCGGUGCCAGCUCCGCGUGGGCAGCCAGGGCGGUGCUGUGGUUGCCGUGGAGGAGACCAUCAGUGACGAAGAUGAGGCCCUUUACCAGAAGGUUUCCUCGGAGCAGCGGCAUAUGGAGAGCUUGGCGGAGCUCUUGUCGCACUGCCAGAAGAGCGGUCUAGCCGGAGACUUCUUCAUCCGCUGCCUGAAGGCGCUGACUCACGUGGCCGCGGAGGACGAGGCGGCUUCGCGCGCCGCUCGCCCGUCUGCAGAGAGUCUGCUGGAGCCGGAGCAGCAUCACGCGGGGCCGCGGAGGCAGCUGCUCGUCCUGCAGCUCGUGGCCGUGCUCUGCGAGAGCGUCUCGGACACCGUGUUCACGGACGUCGCUCAGGUGGUGGACUUCGUGGCGGCGACGCUGCAGCGGGCGUGCGUGGGCCUGGCGCGGGGUGCCGGCGGCGCGGUGGAGGCGCAGACGCUGAGCAUGGCCAUGGGGCUGGUGGCGGCCGUGCUCGGUGGCGCCGUGCAGCUGAGCUCGAGCGACUUUGCGGUGCUGCAGCGGCUGGUGCCGGUGCUGGAGGAGGUCUCCUGCGCCCACCCCGAGCCCCUCAUCCAGGAGCUGGCCGCGGACCUGCGCAUCGCCAUCUGCACCCGCGGGGCCUUCGCCGCCGGCACGGUGGGCGCCGCGGCCGAGCACGUGCUGGGGCGGCGGCCGGGGCCGAGCAGGACGAGCGGCGCGGGGGCCGCUGGCGGAGCCCCCCACCCGAGCACCGCGAGCGGCAGCCCCUCGGCCAGCUCGGCUCCCGAAGAGCGGAGCGCGCCCAGGGAGCCCCGUGCCGCCGAUCCGGCGCCGGCGCAGCGCUCCGACGGCCCGGCUGCCGCUCCGCUCCCGGAGCUCCUCCUAGCCGCCUACGACCCCCAGGUCCCCGCGCGGGCAGCGGCUCUGCGCACUCUCUGCAGCCUGAUAAAGCAGCGGGAUCCCGAGGCGCUUCGGAUGCAGGAGAAGCUCCUCCAGGUUUUCCUGGAGAACUUGCAGCACGAGGACUCCUUCGUCUACCUCUCUGCCAUUCAAGGUGCUGCCCUGCUGUCCAACGAGUACCCGGAGCAAAUCCUGCCGGCGCUGCUGGCGCGGUACGGGAGCCCGGCGCAGGGCGCGGCGGAGCCCGCGGCGACCCGCAUGAAGCUGGGCGAAGUGCUGAUGCGCGUGACGCGGGCGCUGGGGGACAUGGUCUUCAAGCACCGGGACGCCCUGAUCCACGCCUUCCUGCGGGGCUCGCGAGACCCCGACAGCACGCUGCGCGCCAGCAGCCUCUCCAACCUGGGCGAGCUCUGCCAGCGGCUCGGCUUCCAGCUGGGCGCCGUGGUCCACGAGGUGACCUCCUGCCUGACAGCCAUCGCCAAGACCGACCCCGAGGCGGAGGUGCGGAGAGCUGCCGUGCACGUCGUGGCGGUGCUGCUGCGGGGGCUCAGCGAGAAAGCCACCGAGGUGCUGCGGGACGCGCUGCGGGACCUGUACCGGCUGCUGAAGCACGUGGCGGCGGCGGAGACCGACGGCGCGGCGGUGCUGCACGCCCAGCUGGCGCUGCAGGAGCUCGGCGAGGCCGUGCGGAGGGAGCUCUGCCCGCCGCAGACCCUGCAGAAGCGCAUCGUGGUGCUGCCCUAGCGGGACGGGGGCCGGAGACCAGAGACCGGCGGCUGCUGGACGCGGCCCCGCCGCCCUGCAGGGCCCGUCGGCUCUGCAUCCAGGCUGCGCUCGGCAGCGGAGCCCCAGCUGCAUUAAAAAGAAAAGCCCCA